AUGUCCGGAAUGUACGGUCACAAUCGCGAAGCUGUUCGUGUGAAAGUGAAGAAAUGCGAAAAGAAUGUUCCUUCCGAAACAAGAAAAUUUAGUGUCGAUCCACAGAUCACAAAUCUUGAGGUCCUGUAUUCGUUGCUCGCAAAGGCUUUUGAUUUAAAAAGCGAUUUCGGAAUCAGUUACAAAGUGAUCGAGGCGAAUGGUCAAGAAAGCUAUCUAGUGGUACUAUCUGACUGGGAUUUAGAGGCCGCUUUCUUAAGAGCUCAUAAUCAGUCAAUCGCAAGCAAAAACGAGCCUUGUUUAAACCUUCGCGUAGACAUCAAACCAUUCUCAGAAUCAUCAGAAUGGGAUGGAAACGGUUCGACUGCCACCAUAAGCAUACCGCGGGAGUUAGUAUCCCUCCAGCAAUCGUUGGGUGCGGGGCAAAAGUAUGUGCAGAAUAAGCUCCCUGGGUUGAUAAUGAAUCAAAUGGAAAAAACAUUCUCAAUGGUCCAGCGAGCAUUCAAUUUUGUGGAGGACCCGCUUCUAACACAACCUAUUCGUCCACCGUUGGCGGAUGCCGAAUUUCGCAAGUUGCAGGAUUCUGUUGGUCAAAUCGUAGCCCCCGAACAAUUGCGAAAAGUAAUUUAUCUAGGUGGAAUUGAUCCCAGCCUUAGGAGGGUGGUUUGGAAACACAUACUAAAUGUGUAUCCAGAUGGGAUGACUGGCAGAGAUCGGAUGGAAUACAUGAAAAGGAAAUCAGCGGAAUAUUUUCGAUUGCGCGAUGUAUGGCGAAGUACAAUGCAAAAAGGCAACAUUAUUGGCGAGUUAGGAUAUGUUACAAGCAUGGUACGCAAAGACGUUUUGCGUACCGAUCGCCUUCAUCCGUUUUAUGCCGGCAGUGAUGAUAACCAAAAUAUCGCCGCCCUCUUCAACGUACUGACGACUUACGCGUUGAAUCAUCCGGCCGUUAGCUAUUGCCAAGGAAUGUCUGAUAUUGCGUCGCCGUUACUAGUCACAAUGGGAGACGAAGCUCAAGCUUACAUUUGCUUCUGCGCUGUUAUGGAACGCUUGAGCUGUAAUUUUAUGCUAGACGGAAUUGCUAUGACCCUCAAGUUUUCCCACCUCUCCGAGGCGUUGCAAUAUUAUGACCCGGAAUUUUUUGCCUACCUGAAACAUCACCAGGCAGAUGAUCUGCUGUUUUGCUAUCGAUGGUUAUUGCUUGAGAUGAAGCGUGAAUUUGCGUUCGACGAUGCCUUGAGGAUGCUGGAGGUUCUCUGGAGUUCCCUGCCACCGCUGGCUCCGAAAGGAGAACUUGCUUUGUACGAAAAAGAGUAUGAGCCACCACCACCGGAUGAGAGCAUUCAUCCACCGCCUAGCCAAAGCCCGUCAGUAAUACUAAGAACCCCUCGAGAAAACCACUAUACAAAAGUUUGUGAACUUAGGCGACAAAGUUCUGCUCUUUCGCUAAGCUCAUCUUGUUGCACAUCGACAAUCCCGUUGAAUCGAUCAGGCCGCUAUGAUAAGCAAGGAAGCGUGGGAGUAGGGGGUCGUUUGGAUGCGUCUCGACGGCUGAAUCUUAGUUUGGAUGAAAACAUAACACGAGAAAACAUUUAUUCCACCAAAGUUGGCAACGUACAAAAAGUACAUCAAAGUUUGGACGAAGCCAAGAUUGCCCUCGUGAAACAAAGGAAAAUCGUGCGAAGCGUCGGAGAUGACGAUUACAUUCAAGAAGGAUUCGAAGUUACAAAUACCCUUCAAGGAGACGAGGAUAAUGUAACCGACGUGGAAGACAGUGUGUUUCAUUCUCCCCAACACCAGAGCAGUGUGAUACGGUCAUCGAUGAACAAAACGAAUCCUUUCAUCGAUGGUUCGCUUGAAAGCGUCUCAAAUCAAGGACCGGUAACAGAUAAUGAACGACUAUCGUCUGAGAUUCCAGAGGAGAUAAGACAAGAAUCCACAACACCCGGAACAAACAGUAGCAGUGCAGCUAGUAGUGUUCGCAAUUCUCCUGUCAUAGGACGCAGUCGAAGUCUGUUUUCUAGCUCGGCAGCGACUGGAAAAAUGAUAGCACGACAGUUGAGCAACCAAAAAAAGUUACUAAUCUCCUCCGCCAGUGCCACUGGUAGCGGUUCUGGAACGACAGGAGUUGGACAUUUUCACGAUUUGAAAGAGAAGCUUGCCUCGAGCCGGAAAGGCAUCUUUGCCUCCUUAGAUAAGACCCAUAGUGUCGAUGAGAGCAUGCCAGUUGAUACAGGUAAUUCCAGGUCAAACAAUCAAGCGGAAAAAUCAAAACCAAAACUUGUAAAAAAUUUCAACGAGUUCCUAAGCUUUGCCACUAUGAACAAGAGCCGUAUUAGCGACAGGUUAGUGACGAAAAAGUUGAUAACUAACGCUAGUGCUGCAAAUAACGUAAACAACAGCUGUUCCAUCGAUUCGACAACUAGCAGUUACACGACGACAACAACCGGUGGUAUGACGGAAGCUUCGCACGAUGAUUCUACGGAAACCAUUGAGUAUAAUGAGUUAAAACCGAAACCAGUAAUCAAACUGACGAAAUCAUCAUUCGACGAUUCGGAUUCCUCAGCGACGAGCGUUGGUUUGGGAGUGGAUUCGAUGGCAACAACAGCUGCCCUAUCGAGGUCCAGCGAUAACAGUAGUUUCAUCGUUGAUGAUAGUUCCAAUUCUGUAUCGCCAAUUCACAUUCGCAGAGAGGAGCAUGAAUCAGCCUCAAACGUAGAAAUCGACCCUAAGCAGUCAAGUGUGCAACAUCCUGGUGAUCUUCAUGUGGCUGGCCCUUCCGCGAGUUCCAUAUCCGUCGGUGAUGGCAGUAGCCCGGAUGACUCACAAGAGUAUUUUCCAAUGACAACUUCCAUGACUAGAGAAUUACGUCUAGAAUUGGAAAAUCUUGAUCGUCAUGUCUUCGGAAGCGACUUUCACAACAAGCAGCAUCGUCUUUAUACGCUUAAUAGCUGUGUUGAUUUAGAAACACCGCCUGAAAGUGGUGAUUUCGUGGCACAUACCGCUGCCGGUGGCAUCGAGCGGCUUCCAAUGUCAGCGACGGUUGUGACAACGAUCGCGUAUAGUAAACUAGACAAUAAAAGAAGUCUGCCUCGGACCAUUGAUAAGAUGAUGGAAAUUGAAUCAAUUGAUGAAAUCUGUGAUCGUUCCUCACUCGAGCAACUAGCCGAGGAAGUAAGGACGGACGUAGUACGCUACAGGGAAAAACCGGGUCGCCGUCGAACAGGAACCGGUGCCACCAGUAGCGUUGUCAGCGACAAUCGAGACAGUAAACGCAUCAGUACAUCCAGUGCUAAUGCGAGUAGUGAUGUGUUUGUUUGGGAAAAUCCGCUCCACCAAGAGUGCGACGACGAUGCAGUAAGCCCGUUGUCAGGUGGAAUGGUCACCGGUGAAGUGACUCAAAUACAACAGCGCGCAGCAACAACACCUGACGAGCAUCCCGAACUCGAGUACGACGGAGAGAUUAUCGAAGAGACAACGUUGGGGAAAAAAUCCGUCACUCCCAUUCGGCUGGUCCGGAAAAAUGGAGAUCGCUCGGGACCAGGUACGGCACGCAACUCAAUGGUCUUACCAGAUUCCUCUGAUUCAUCAGAUGAUUCGCCGCUCUCUCGAUCACCCGUGGCGGUAAAGUUCAAAUUUCACCCGAACAAUCCCUUCUUUGAUGCCGCCUCGAAUGCAAUUGAUAAUCGACCUCUAGGUUUGUUACACGCGCCUAUGGAUGAUGCCGAUGAGGACGUACUGGAAGAGGCAACGGAAGCUUCAGCUAUUAGCGGCAAUUCCCCCAAUUCAGUGCGAAACGAAAAAGUCAAACAGCAGGAAGUUGAAAUACCGUCUACUCAAGCUUCGUCUUCAAUCGUCUCGUGCGUUCCCAAUGUACCGCUGGAUCCAAAUCCCCUCGAGAUAGGCAUUAGUAGUACCGACGGCUUAGAGAAUACUGCUCCUACACCUUCCUCUAUUUCUUCCUUGAAAGUCGCCGGAGUUCUUCCACCGCCACAGGAGUUCGGCGGUGGCAAUCCUUUUUUGAUGUUUCUCUGCUUAACGAUACUGCUACAGCAUCGAGAUUAUAUCAUAAAAACAGGCAUGGACUACAAUGAGAUGGCUAUGCAUUUCGAUAAAAUGGUACGCAAGCACAACGUAACACGUGUACUUAACCAGGCUCGCCAAAUGUACGCCGAAUACCGACGCAUGUAUCAACAACAGCUGAUGGCUAGUAAGGCUGCUGUGCCCGACACGUUAUCGAUGAUGGCCAACAGUUACCAUGGGAUGCAGAGUAUGGGUCUGGGUGGAGUGACUUCAGAUGCUCUUGCUCGGAAGGCAUCAGCUCCGGAAGUUAGUUCUGCUCGUCGAAGCACAGCUGCGGAUUUAACGCUUGUUACGUAG